GAUCGUAUAUACUUUGUUAUAAUGUGUAAAUAGUACUUGUUGUUUAUAAUUUGUUAUAUUUUUUAGUUAUUAAGUGUUUUAGACCUGUAUUAUACCAUUGUUUUUUAAAUAUUGCGUACAAUAACCCAAGUAUUCCUAAACGCCAUUUUGAAGGCGAUGUUCCCAAGUAAUUUGCAAUUGACAAUACAUUGUUUGGAAUUAUGUUUAAUAUUUCAUGAUAAAAAGUGAUAAAUAAUAUGCAAUGGAAAUAUUCGAAAAUAUUUGAAUUUUAAAGAGUAGCGUAGUUCCAUUCUUGGUUUAAAAACAUUGUAAAAUAUAAGUUGUUAUUUUAGGAAAUUAACUAGGUAGAAUGAAAUAUCACAAGUAAAAAUGGAUAUUGUGAAACACUGAAUAUAUCUAAUAUAAAAAGAAUUGGGUUUUCAAAAUGCCAUCUGUGCCAAGACCAGGGAGCUUGAAAGAUCCUGAUAUAGCAGAACUAUUUCACAAACAAGAUCCUGAUAAAAUAUUUGAAGAUCUUCGUGAAAUUGGCCAUGGCUCAUUUGGUGCUGUUUAUUAUGCCAGAUGUAAUGUCACAAGAGAAAUUGUUGCCAUUAAGAAAAUGUCUUAUUUGGGCAAGCAGAGCCAAGAAAAGUGGCAAGAUAUCUUGAAAGAAAUCAGAUUUUUAAAACAGUUAAAUCAUCCGAAUACUAUAGAAUACAAAGGCUGUUAUUUGAGAGAUAAUACAGCAUGGCUUGUAAUGGAAUAUUGUGUCGGCUCGGCUAGUGAUAUUUUAGAAGUACAUAAACGGCCUUUAAGAGAGGAAGAAAUUGCUGCUAUCUGUGAUGGGGUUCUAAGAGGACUAUCUUACCUUCAUGCCCUUGGCAGAAUUCAUAGGGAUAUUAAAGCAGGCAAUAUUUUAUUGACUGAGAAUGGAACUGUAAAAUUAGCGGAUUUUGGAAGUGCUGCCAUAAAAUGUCCUGCCAAUAGCUUUGUUGGAACUCCUUAUUGGAUGGCACCUGAAGUUAUUCUUGCUAUGGAUGAGGGGCAAUAUGAUGGAAAGGUUGAUGUUUGGUCUUUGGGUAUUACAUGUAUGGAAUUAGCAGAAAGAAAACCUCCAUAUUUCAAUAUGAAUGCUAUGAGUGCCCUUUAUCAUAUAGCUCAGAAUGAAACACCACCUUUACAGGCUCCUGACUGGUCUGAUGUGUUCAAGCAUUUUGUUGAGCUUUGUCUGCAAAAAUCGCCUACUCAUAGACCGACAUCAUCCAAGCUUUUGAAUCAUCAAUUAAUUACUCGGCCUCGUUCUCCAACUGUUUUAGUAGAUUUAAUUCAUCGAACCAAAGCUGCUGUAAGAGAUCUUGAUAAUUUGAAUUAUCGUAAGAUGAAAAAAAUUCUUAUGGUGGAUUCCUGUGAUACUGAAAGUGCAUUAGGUGAUGAGGAGAGUGCUAUAGCUGAUGGACUUGCAGAUGGAGAUGACACAACAGGUGGUGAUAGUAGUAAGAGUAAUUCAGUCACUUCUGAGCAUUCUUUACAUUCUGUAGGAGUGUCAGCCAGUAGUAAAAGUAGUUCUAGUAAUAGUUUACCUGCGGGUGCAGCACAUGAUGGGGCAUCGGGGACUAAAAACUAUAGGGGUAUGGGUGGUGUUAUGGGAAAUCAUGUUGCUGCAACAGCUGCUAUGAUGGUAGCUGAGCACGGUGCAAAUAAUUUUGCAACAAUUAGAACAACAAGUAUUGUUACCAAACAGCAAAAGGAGCACAUGCAGGAGGAAAUGCAUGAGCAAAUGUCUGGUUACAAACGAAUGCGGCGGGAGCAUCAAAGUGCCCUAAUCAAAUUAGAAGAGCGUUGUAAAUUAGAAAUGGAAGCACAUAAGAGUAACUUAGAUAAAGAAUAUGAAGUUUUACUUCAAACAUUUAGUAGGGAAUUAGAACGGUUACAAGCACGGCAUCAGCAAGAUUUAGAAAGAAAAUUGAAAGCCAAUAAUGCUGCAGAGAAAAAACUGCAGAAAGAUAUUGUAGCUAGACAAGAAAAUGAUAAAAAAGCGUUUGAUACACAUAGGAAAAAGGAAUACAAAGCAAAUAAGGAAAGGUGGAAGAGAGAACUAUCAAUGGAUGAAUCUACACCAAAGCGUCAAAGGGAUGCUACAUUGCAAUCCCAAAAAGAAAAUUUAAAACAAGCUGAGGCGCAAGAAGAACAGAGACUUCUGCGUGGUCAAAAAGAUUAUUUGGAAUUGGAAAUUAGAAAGUUUCGCCGAAAAAAAUUAUGUGCAUUUCAUAACCUUGAGCAAGAGUUGUUAAGAGAGGAACUUAACAAAAGACAAGGUCAACUUGAACAAGCCCAUAUUAUGCUUUUGCGACAUCAUGAAAAAACACAAGAAUUAGAGUAUCGUCAACAAAAAGGUGUUCAUUCUUUACGAGAGGAACAAAUUAUGAAGCAGCAUGGGACUGAACUGCAAAAUCAAAAUGAUUACAUGCAGAGGGCGGAACGUGAACUAAGGAAAAAACAUGCUUUAGAAUUAAAGCAACAGCCGAAAAGCCUUAAGCAAAAAGAAAUGCAAAUCCGUAAACAAUACCGUGAAACUUGCAAAACUCAAACUAGACAAUAUAAAGCACUGAAAGCGCAUAUUCUUCAAAGUACUCCAAAAGAUGAUCAAAAAGCAGUUAUAAAGAAAUUGAAAGAAGAGCAAAGGCGUAAGCUAGCAUUAUUGGGAGAACAGUAUGAACAAAGCAUCGCUGAGAUGUUGCAAAAACAAAGUAUCAAACUUGAUGAGACGCAGGAGAUGAGUUGUCACCACCUCAAAGAAAAAUUAAAUUAUGAGUUAGAGAUAUUGAUGGCUUACCAAAGUAAAAAUAAAAUGCAAGCGGAGGCACAACGAAAUCGUGAAAGGAGGGAAUUAGAAGAUCGUGUUUCAGUCAGAAGGGCUUUAUUGGAGCAAAAGAUGGACUCAGAACUACAACAGUUUCUCCAUGAGCGUUCCGAACGUGUUCGCUUACUUCAAGAACGUCAAGAAAGAGAACUUGAUAGUUUUGAUGAGGAAAGCGCAAGAUCAGGUUUCAGCGCACUGGCCAUUGCUGAAGCACCCAAAGAAACGUACCCGGAUGAAGAAGCCAGUCUAUCUGGAUCAAUGCUAAGUUUAGCUCAUAGCAAUAGUUCUACAAGUUUUCCAGCAGGUUCGUUGUAGGAAAUGUAAUUUAUAUAGAAGCUUUUUUGAACAGCACAUGAUACCAAAUUAUUCAUUACUAACUAAUAAAUUGUCAUUAUAAAAUACAUCA